GGAGGAUGCUCGACUUUUUUUCUUUGACGCUCCAAUGCGGUCGCACUGGAUCGCUUGGGGAUCGUUUGGGGAUCGGUCCUCCUCUUCCUCCUCCUCCACCUCCUCCACCUCCUCCUCAGUCUUCCCCCUCCUCGUCCUCCUCUUCCUCCUCCUCUUCCUCCUCCUCCUGGGGGGUAAGGGGCUGGCUGACUGAAUUGGGGGUGGCUUCGGCCGCUCUCAGGUUCGAGGUCACGAAGCAGGCCGCCCGCGAAUGGUACCUGAGACUGGCGGGCCUCGGGAGCCACGUCUCGCUGACGCCCGGGGAGCUGCGGGACGCGUUCGUGCUAUACGACCACGACGGUUCGGGCAGGAUCACCGCGCGGGAGAUGUCGGCAGCGGCCGACGACUUGAUGGGCAGCGGCUGCGUCAGCCCUGCGUCGCUGCAGCGCCUGCUUGCGUGGUUGCCGCCGGAGGGCAUGGACUUUCGGAGCUUCGUCCAGGCUUUCAAGCUGGCCACGGUAGAGACUGGCGUUCCUGGUCUGGAGGGCAUCAGAGACGUUUUCCAUUUCUUCGAUAAGGACGGCAACAAUUUGCUCGAGCUGUCUGAGUUUCAUGCUAUGCUCACCGAUUGCUCACCGGUGCCCAUGUCUUCGACGGACGUCGAGAACCUCUUCAACUGCAUCGACACUGACGGUGAUGGGAAAAUAAGCAUGGAUGAGUACGUGACGCAUAUCACUCAAGUGUGGCUGUCGAAAUUCGGAUGUGAGCAGUAGGCGGGUGAUCAUUCCUGCAACACAUAUGUUUUUCCAUUGUCUUCAUUCCUUCGUGGUUGUAUUUUACGGCUGCCAUCCUCAUAUGUUCAGCCUUAUUCUCUGCUUUAUGCUGCCUGUUGUAGCUCUAAUGUUUGAUUCGCUAUCUAUUGCAGCAGCCAUUCUUUGUUUUCUAUGAUGUCUAGUGUUAUAAAGCACUGACCCAUUGCAUGCGCACGCUGCAUGUGGCGAACACCCAGGAAGGUGCCAUUUUCCAGUGUUCGCUUCCCCUGAGUGAGUGCCAGCUUUGACUCGCCAUCGAAUCUCCUCUUCCCUUUCUCUGCCUCGCCUCUCCCCGGUCCCGCUCCCCCUCUUGUGCCCCCUCUGCCUUCUGCGUCCCCCUGCCCCGCCGCCCCUGCCGAGCGCUGGUCACUGUCUGCCUUUGUACGGCUCUUGCUGUCUCCCCCAAGGCGCGG